GAUUCGCUGCCUUCCCUGGCCGUGGUCGCUUCCUUACCUCUGCUUUCUUCUUCGCGUGGACCCUUGUUAUUACGACUCCGCCCUCAGACGUCUCGCUCUCUCUCUCUCUCUCGUCCCGACCGUCCUCUUUCGUCUAGCGGCAGCAACCGAAGAAGCGAACAAAGGAGAAGACGCGGCGGCGGCAGCAGCAGCGAGGCGGGGAGGACGAGCCUGCCCGAGGAGGCUAUGCGAUCGGAUGAGGAGGAGGAGGAGGAAUCCGGCGCCGGGAUUGGAGCAAGAGCGAGAAGGCCAACCACCACCACCAGCGGCGGCGGUGCCGGCGGCGGUGCCGGCGGCGGCUCUGUCGACUGCCGGCGUCGGUGAUGGCGUUGCAGAUGACCUGGCAGCAGCGGAGCCUGCAGCGCCGCAAGGCCGGGUACCCUCUCGGCCUCAAGAACCUCGGCAACACCUGCUACCUCAACAGCGUCCUCCAGUGCCUCACCUACACCCCUCCCCUCGCCCAAUUCUGCCUCGCCUCCCAACACUCCUCCCUCUGCAAGUUGGUGUUCGCGAACCGGGACAAGGACUGCCCCUUCUGUAUCCUGGAGCGGCAGAUCACCCGAUGCCUCAGUCUGGAGGGGCCCCUCGACGCGCCCUCCAAGAUCCAGAAGUGCCUCACCCUCUUCGCCGAUCACUUCCGCUGGGGCCGCCAGGAGGACGCCCACGAGUUCCUCCGCUAUGUCAUCGAUGCCUGCCACAAUACCUGCCUCAAGCUCCUCAAGCGCCUCACCGCCACUGCUGGCAAUGCCUCGGCGGCCGUGGAGGGGUCGGGGGAGACUGCGGCGGGGCCCAGCACGGUGAUGAAGGAUAUCUUCGGUGGAGCGCUGCUCAGCCAGGUGAAGUGCCUCGCCUGCAAGGGGGAGUCCAACAAGACCGACGAGAUCAUGGAUAUCAGCCUCGAUCUCUUCCAGAGCAACUCUUUGAAGGAUGCUCUUGGCCGAUUCUUUCAGCCUGAGGUCCUCGAUGGCAACAACAAGUACAGCUGCGGCAAAUGUAAGAAGCUAUCUGUGGCCAGAAAGCAGAUGUUCAUUCUUACAGCACCUAAUGUGCUUAUCAUCCACCUCAAGAGAUUUGAGGGCAUACAUGGUGGAAAGAUCAACCGGAUUAUUGAAUUCGAGGAGGUUCUAGGGCUUUCAAAGUUUAUGUAUUAUGCAACUCAGGACUCACAGCCUGAGUAUAACCUUUUUGGCAGCAUUGUGCAUUCAGGCUUCUCACCUGAGUCUGGACACUAUUAUGCAUACAUCAAGGAUGCUUUUGGUCGCUGGUAUUGCUGUAAUGAUGCUCAUGUUUCGCUUUCAAGCACACGGGAGGUUUUAUCUGAGAAAGUCUAUAUCUUGUUCUAUAUACGCAGUAACCAGAUCCCAAGAUCUAGCAAAACUGGUUCACCCUGCAAUGUUGUGAAGUCUUCAGAUUCCAAAGGAGGUGAUGUGUUACCAAGCAUUAAGUCUGCUGACGUUUUGAAACCUCCAGUCACAAAGCCAAAUGGGGUUUCAUCUUUUAAAAGUAACAGUGCAAUUAUGUUGAAGAAUGGUAAGAUAUCUCAAAGUCCACAAAUCAAGAGUAUUAACUUGAAGAACCUCGAAAUAAAAAGAGCUAUAUCAAAUGGUAGUGGCAGCAUUGAAACUUGUAAUAAUGUGUCUGCUCGAAGGGAUUCUGCAUCACCUGAAUGUAACUUUUCCAAUGAAACUAAAGAUGUGGUUGAGGGGUCAUCAGUACCUAAUGACAAUGCUGCUGUUCAGAACACUUCUAAUUUGGUGGAAUAUAGUAGCACACAUACAUUGUCAGUGCCAAAUGGAAAUGGAUGUGUUAGUCUUUCUGAGGUAGAAGUGCAUAAGAACAAUGGUACUCAAAGUGUGGAAGCUGUGAAAAGGGAUUGUAAUGGUUCAUGCAACUGCUUGAUUACCAAAUGGCACUCUGAUGUCUCAUCAUUUAAGAGAAAAUCAUGUGGCAGUGACAGAGCUGAAAAUUCAAUAUUAUGUACUAAACAGUCUAGCGAUUUGUUCACGGGAGAUGUCUCAUUCAAGACUCAGAGCAGAUGUUAUGGAGAGCAUUUUAAACAGGAACUUGAAAAGUUUAAAGAAGUGCUUGCUCCGGAAGUCCGUUCAGAGCUACAGUCAUGUGGUUGGGUUGAUGAAGUGGAUAAUUUCAUGCGCACCAGAAAGCGAUCAUGUUUCCCUGCAGCAGCCAGUUGUCAUGAUAAUAGUUUUAUAAAGAACCAGUUGAUAAUUGAUGCUAAGAAGAACUUUACCUCGCAAAUUCCAGAACCAGUAAAAGAGCACUUCAUUAACCGUCUGAGAUCAUUUGGCAAGGGGAAAUUGUUAUCGGAUGCUUAAACUUCCAUUGAUGUCUUGGAUGCUGCUGGACUGGCUGUAAAGUCUGUAUUAAAUUCAAUGGCCUAAUUUUCUUUUCGAAUUUGGAAGCUGCUGGAACAUGUGAGAAUUGUUGUUGACUUCAUCACCACCUCUUCCAGUGCUAUGUACAUUUUUGAGGCUGAUACUUUUCUUUGCUAGCAGAGACUUUAGUGCAGAGUUACAGUUAUAUGUGAGUUUUGAUGUGUUCGAAUAUCUUGAGUAUGGGUGUGCUAACAUAUGUGAGGUAAGCAUGUUUGCAAAUAUAUUUCAUCUAGCAUGGAACUUGUUAGGUAUAAAAAGAAUUUUUAAGUUAUAACCUUUGAAGACUUUUAUUUAUUAAUACCAUAAUCAUGGGUUCGGUUAGCCAUUUAUACUAUGCAUUGAUGCUGAUCAUAGGGUAAAUCAUGACAAUUGAUUGAUGCCAAUCAUGGGGCAAAUCAUAAUGUUGGUCAAUGCCUAUCAUAAGCAAAUCAAGACAUUAACUGAUGCCUAUAAUGGUACCACAUGGCACUUCUUAUCAAACUUAUUAUGGGGCAAAUAAUGUCAUCUAAUUGAUGGUUAGUUGGUUUGUUUAUUAAGAACCUACCGAUUUGUUUGUUCCCAAAACUUGAAAGAUGAUGAAUUCUUCAAGUUAUCGAGCAGUAGCAGUUUAAAUAUUAUACUUUUUCCUGUAUAUUUGAAGUUUAUUUAUCUCUUGAUUUUGAUAGUUUGAAACAUGUUCAAUCUUAUAUCUUUUAUAUCAAAUUCUCGAUCAUAACCCUUCUCAAAAUAUGUUUGUGGUUGCAAAUAUGGUGGGUUGAGGAGCUCAUGCCAUCACUUCUCUUUUUUUUUUGGAUGAGGUAGACCAAUGUUUGCCAUAUUAAUAUUGGAGGGCAUACUAGUUGGUGACCAAUUUGGCAUGGUAUGGGUUUGUAUCAUGUUGUUAUUGGAGUGUAUCAACACAAGGAGUGUCGGAAAGAGCGGGAAUGGGAGAAAAGAGAGGAAAAAAAGAGGGAGGAAGAGGUAGAAGGGAGAGAGGAAGGAGAGGGAGGGAGAGCGAGGGGGGUCACACCAUUAAGGCUUCUUGCAUGGUGAUCAGGCUAUUGAAAUGAGCAUGGCUACUAGAUUCGGGCCUUCCUAUGUUCUUGGUUAGGCUAUUGAGUUGAGCCGGAGAGCAACGAAGCUCCUUCUGAGAUAAAGAGAGAGAAGGGGGAGCGGGGAGGGUGAGCAUCGAGCGGGGGCAUGUGUUACGCGGUCGUGGGCACUAAGGGACACCUCCCCGGACAGGGGGGGUGUGGUUCUCGAAAGAUCACGAGCCGAAGGGAGGUUAGGGGGGCUUUUUACAUAAGGGGUUAGAGCUAGUUGGGCCUAUUUACUAAGCCGAUAGGGCGAGUCUUCCUAGUUCCCCAUUGGUUCGGUUAGAUAUGUCCUAAACUAGGUGGUUCAGCCAUAAAUGAGGUGGACGAUUAAAAACCUAGUGGGUGUCGAACCAUGGCAAGGGUUAUUGGAGGCAUACUUGAUGUUUUUUAUGGAUUUCGUUUAUGAUUUGAGAUCUUGUUAGUUUAGAUCCUUGGGUUAUAUAUGCCUAGUUGAUAAUUAUGAGUUAGAAUUUUUUGUUUUGCUUUUAGGUUGCAUUCUAAUGCUAUUAUGUUAUUAUGAACUUUAGUUUUUAUUCUAUGUAUUUAGAGAUUUCAUCUCUUAUCUUGUUGGUGGUUGUUGAUGAAUGAUUAAUAAGUUGAGCCUUGCAUGCCUUGUGAGCGUACAGCACUAUCAUGCGCCCACUCCGUAAGUUGACAUCGAGUUGAGGUGUCACAAUUUUAGCGGGCCAAUGUAGUGUUCGAACACUGAGCUUAUUGAAUCUUUGGCUAGGGAUAUGCCAAAGUUUCACAAUACUAUAUUUUUCCUUUUUCCCCCUAUUUCUUUGGCUAUGGGGCUAGCAAGAGGAUAAAUUUGAUGAAAUAGUUUGAUCCAUCUCACAUUAUCCAUUCUUCUCAAGCUCGUGUUUUAUUGGGCUUCAGAAGGCCAACAUUGUACUGGAGUAUCAUCCUUCGAAACUAGCAUGGAAUGUCUCCAUAUUGCCCUUUAUUUUUCCCUUUUAUCAAAAAGGGGAAUGGAUUUAGUGUCUCAAAUUUGUUGUUGCUAUGGAUUGGUAGAUCUUCGGUUGAAAAUCACCAUCAUGGCUUCACGGAGUGCCUACUCUUAGCAGAGGUUGGGACCUGGUGAAUGCUAUUUUGAUUUGGCCAAGACCUAAAUUUGUUUCUUGGGUUGGUUUGGUUUAUAUUUGAGGAAGGAUGGGCUUUGGCAGAGUCAAAAACUCAAAUGUAGUGCCACAAUGCUUAGUGGAAAUGUGGAAUGCAUGUUCGGAGCUUCUUUCUUGGAGCUUUGAGGUUUAUAAUUGGAAGAUUAUUAACAGUUGGGCUGAAAAUAGGUUGGGUUGACCGGUGACCUUGCUUGUCCGCAUAAGUAGGCCGAUCUGAUCCAUUAUUGGAGACCCCUGAGUUGGGGUCAAAAAAUUGGAUCUUAUUUGAAAACCCAUCUGCAUCUAUUUUUUGUAAUUUCCGACCCAACUUGGGCCGGUCUGCAUGUCAUCUGGGUCAAGAAAAAGUAAGGCCAACCCAACCUAGACUCGAUAUGACCUAACUAGAAAACCAGAAUCAUAUAAAAAUCCCUUUCCCUAACUGUCUUUUCCAGUUCAUUGUAAACUAAUCCUUCUCUGUUCAUCCCAGCAACCCUAUCUCUUAUAUAGUGAAUUCUUGUUUACAAUGCUAUCAAUUAUAUUAAUUAUUUAUUCUUAAAUUGUUAUUCGUAGACUUUCAUCUUCAUAGUGAUUGUUUUCUUGGAUCGUAUAGAAAGAAAAGUUUGUUGAAUGAAAAUUUAUGUUUAAGUUGACAUUCCUUUAGUUUUAUUUUACUUUUUUAGUAAUUUUAUAAUUUAUAGCUCUAAAAGAAUAGCUAAAGCUUAAUUCCAAUGUAGAGCAAACCUAACCCAAUCCCAGUCAAAACCCAAACAUUGUGUUGACUUUGAGCCAUGCUUGACCCCUGAUGCAACCAAAUGACCCACUGGUCUAAAAUCUUUUUCAUAGGCCUGACCUGAUUUGAUCCAAUCAACCAAUGUUUGGAGUUCUGGUCCAAAAUCAAGCCCCAAAAAUGUAAUGGGGUCAGGCGGGGUCAAGCAUGCCCCAUUUUGACCUGAGCCAUUCGCAGCCCUAGUUGGCUUUAGUUUCAGAGAAUAGCAGUCUUUGUUUGUGCUGAAAAUCUGUCAGUGCAUGAUUUUAUCUGGGGUGCUUUGUUAAAUCAAGGGAUUUUCCCAUUUUUUGCAUCUGGUCAUCAUCAAAUGAACUUUAAUGGAGUUCUUCCUGGUGGAGUGGGAAUCUGUUUUUUAUUUUCCUUUGGUCUGGAUUCUAUUUGCUGGUUUUGUUUCUUUCAAUCAUUCCUCCAUGUGCAUGGAGGGGGUUGUGGUGUUGGGACAGAAUCAUAUCAGUGUGUUCAUCUCUGUAUUUGAGCUUCAAGAAUUUAGGCUGAAGCUGAUUUAGCAGUCAGGAUCACAAUAAAUGCAAAAUGACAUUGCAUGACCGCCCCCACCUUGCAUUCCAUUUGAGGAUAUUGAAUGUCGAAAGGCAUAUGCUUGUGUUGAUGACCUGCCAUAUUCAUCGGGAGGCUUACCAACAAGUUUGCUUUUGUAGAGUCAUGGUUGAUGUAAUAAUUUAUAUUUGGAGCAAGGAUUUUCCAAGCAAGGGGCUUUCUCAUGCAGAUGACUCGCUUUUUUUAUUUCUUCUAGCAGGCUUCAUCAUGAAAAAUAGAGCCUAUAGCAUAUAUAACAUACCCAGAAUAGAGCAUAAUAUUCAAGAUUUAGAGGACUUGAUUGUGUGCAUGUACACUCUUUAUAUUCAUAUGCUGGAUGCUUAUGGUGGUCCUAUUUUUAUCGACUGCAUUAGGGAGUUCAGCAAAUACUUUACUAAGGUUGGUGACUUUUAAAAGAUCUAGAGGGUCUGGUGCUGCUUUAUUUAUUUUGACAUGGAUGUAGUAGAGCAUAUGGCUAGCAUGCGAUGUUUGUGGGGCCUUGCCUUUCGUGUGCAUUCCAGGAAAAGCACAGACAUCAAUAGUGAACAACACAUAAGGAGACUGACCUGAGUAUAUCUCCACACGGAUAUAUAAAGGUCCAUAACUCUUAACAAGUAAUGCUUAGAGGAUUUGGUUUUGGGAGAUUUCCUUCAUAUUUUUCAAAAAUAUUCUUAAGGGAAGUCAAGUAGGUGUGUGUUGCAGAGAUCAAAUAUUUGCAUCUUAUUUGAUACAUGACAAUUUGGGAAGAUUAAUUGCAUUUUUUUAAGAAGUUAAGGCUGUGUUUGGAGAUCUUCAAUACGAGGAGUGUGUUUUGUUUGACUAAAAUCUAGAAAUCUCCUUUUGACAGUGUAUGCUACUUUUUGUUCAUAUGUUUGGAUGACACUGAAAGUGGCUGUGCGAGUGUGAUGCUCAACUGUUUCAUGAAUUGUGAUUGUAAAUCCUGCUUUUGACUAGAUUCUGUGGUGAAAUUGAUAUCAGUUUUUAAACAUUUAGCAAAGUUGUGGCUAGAUUCUGUGCUGACAAAAGGUCCAUUCCAAUCAUAUUAUAUCUUGGCUUUCAAAAUAUAAUUGAGAAUAUUGUAGAAAAAAAUAUAUAAUUAUAACUUGCACCGGAAAUCAAUAGUCAGCCUAGGUAAUGGACUCUGAUGAGGAAGAAAUUAGAUUUUUUUUUCACUCAUCAGCACUUCAAAAGCAGGACUGAUAUUUGAAGAUCUUUGAGAAAAUUUUCACUUAUCUUGGGUAGGUUUAGCUUGAAAAGUUCUGCUACUUGGGCCAUUAAAAUUCUAAUUUGUCUGUACCAGUCUCUUCAAAUCAUCAUGUUCUGUCCUAGAGAGUGCCAGCAGAUAAGUUUAGGUGAAACAUUUUGUAUCCAGUUAAUGUUUUGAGAAGGUGAUUAUCUCUUCCUCACCCAUUGCACAGGAUUUGAUCGCAAUAUCAUUAUUGAAAGUUUAUCAUUGCUAAAUAGUUUCUAUUAAUUAUUGUUGUUGCUAUCUGAGAAAUGGUUGUAAUGGUAUUGAGGGUUAUAAGACUUAUGUGGCUACUUCCAUGUUUUGGGUUUCUUUUCCACAUGCAAAUCUUGUUAUCUGCAAGAAAAAUUGGCUUGUAAGGUGGACAAAAACGGGAGUUGGAAUGACUUGUAAUUAGUGCUUUUAUUUAUGGGUUUACCUUGAUGAUCAGGAUAAUUAUGUUAAACUGAGUUUUGGCUUAGGUUUGUUCUGAAGAAAGUAACCUAUUACAUCGGUUUGAGCAGGAUCAAAGCAUUCUUGGUUUACUUUUUGGACAGUUUAUUCUUUCAAAGCUUGCGUGGUAUUUCAGAAAUGCACACAAACUAUGAUCAUGCGUGCAUGCAUUCCAUGCAGCAGCAGCAGCAGCAGUACACCAGACUGUCUAGGAGUUGUGAUGAGACUUUGCUGUUGACGAAUUAAGCGUGACAACAGGGGAAGUAUGUGAAAGACGAUGAUGCUACUCAUCCAGGUUGUCACCUAAAAUCUUAAUGGAAGUGUUUUAUCGGGCAGAUUUUAAACAAAUUUUAGCAUUUGCUCCAAAUUAACACGUUCAGGAAAUGCAGAAUCUGUUUUGGCAA